AUGGUAAGCUUGGAUAGAAUCAAGUUUCGAUUAAAAGAGUCUUUGGAAAAACAUCGAGUUAGAUUAUUAAAAACAAGAAGUGGGAAUGUAAAAAAAUGGGACGAAACGAAAAAUGGAAACACCAACAAUAACAAUAAAAAUGUGAGUGGUGAUAAAAAUGGGAGUGGUGAUAAAAAUGGGAGUGGUGAUAAAAAUGUGAGUGGUGAUAAUAACAAAUUAAUGGAUAGUUUAAAAAAACGUAAAAUGAAUAUAUUAAAAAAUAGAAAAGAAAAACAAUUAAAUAAUGAAAAUAUAAAUUCUUCGAAAGGGAAAGAUACAAUAAACAAAUUAGCAAAUAUGAAAAAAUAUCAAAAUAAAACUAUUUCAAAAGUUGGCAAUUUGAAUAUAAAAGAAAAAAGAUAUACAUUAGAUUCGAAAAGUGAUGAGAUACAAAAUGAUGAAGAAUUUCAUGAUUAUUCAUUAAAAGAUAAAAAUGAUAUUAAUUUGUAUGGAUGUGAAGAUGGGGAAAACUUUCGAUAUAUAUCAAAAGAAGCUCAAGAUAAUUUAAGCGAUUUAUUCCGAAAUUUUGUUAAUUGUAAAAUUAAUAAUUUAUAUGUGAUAAAUGGUGAAAAAAAUAAAACACACAAAAAGGAACCAGAAAAUUGUGACCUAAAAACGGGUCUAGAGAAUGGGCCGGAAAAUGGGCUGGAAAAUGGGAUGGAAAAUUAUCUAAAAGAUAAUCCACAGGAUGAUCCACAGGAUGAAUGCUAUAAAAAUUGUAGUUUUGUAGAACCCAUAGAUAAACAUCCAGAUUCGGAAAAGUGUAACCCUUUGAUGGCUAAUUUGUAUGACACUUGCCUAAACAAUAUCAGUGAAGUAGAUGCAGUAAAUUGUAAAACAGAACUUGAAAAGGGUGACAAAUUUGUAAAAAUAAAAAAUAUGAACAGAUACAUGAUUAAUAAAAGAACAUAUGGAAGUGAUUUUAUAAAAUUAAUGGAAAUUGAAAAAAAAAUGAAAAAAAAAAUAAAAAGUUUCGAAAAAAAAAGAAAAGAAUCUAGAAGAAUAUCAAAUGAGAAAUGUUCUUCGAUUUUUUCAAAUUGUACAUCUAUAAAAAGUAUGUCUGUAAAUUCUCAAAAAUCAAUUUCAUAUAAUAAAGGAUUAUUAAAAAGAGUAUCUAUUCAAACUGUUUUUUCAACAAACACAUCUAAUUAUACAGAAUCUUUAUGUUGCUCUGGUUGCAACCCUGACUACAUCUCAGAAUUUGAAAAUUCAAAUAAGGAAAGUUUUUUAGAUUCUGAAAAAUCAAUGGGAUCAAGAAGUAUAGAAUUAUUUACUACACAAAAAAAUGUUUAUACUUAUAAUGAUUACAAAAAAAAUUAUUUUUUAGAUAAAAUGAACAACAUAAAUGAUGAAAUAGGAUUAUCAAACGCUAGUGAUUCUUACAUCCUUUCAAACAAAUUACGAUUUAGAAGUGAACGAAGCGGACAGAGUGAACAGAGUGUAAGAACUGCCCGAACCGAUGAUAGUAGCAAUUGUGGCAAUGAAAUGUUUCAAACAAUGAGUAAAAAAAUGAGUAAAAAAAUGAGUAAAAAUAAUUUGUAUAAACACAAUAGAUCUAACGAAUAUAAUACUGUUAUAUAUCCUUGUGAAAUAUGUAAGAAUUAUUUUAUUCAGAAAAAAAAUAUGAGAUAUGUAUCCACUGAUAGGGCUCAUCAAGGUGUAGAAUAUAAAUAUAUAAAUAAAUAUGAUUGCUUAUAUUGUAAUAAAAAUAAAGUAAGAGGUGGUAUAAUUCAUAAAAAUAUUUCAAAAGAUGAAAAUAAUAAAGGGUUUAAGUUCAAUAAUCAUAAAGAUUAUGAUAAAAUAAAUAAUAAUUUAUUAUUCAUAUCAAAAAAAAAUGAAAUUAAAUCAUCUAAUUUAACUUCAUCUGAAUAUAUAUGUCCCCAAGAUUAUAACAAAAAUGUUAAAUUGUUAACUAGCUAUCCACACAAAACAUUUGAUAAAAUAAAAAAAUAUUAUUAUAUUGGAGAGGAUGAAAAUAAUAUGAACAAAGAGAUGCAUGGAAUGAUAGAAUCUGGGAAUCAAAACAAGUGGAGAAAAAUGUCUGUAGAAAAUAUAUUAGACAAUGAUAUAAAAAAUCGAAAUUAUAAAAGUGAUACACAAAGCAUUUCUAAUGCCCAUUUUAGUGACGAAAAUGGAGGAGAAAAUGGAGGAGAAAAUGGAGGAGAAAAUGGAAGAGAAAAUGAAGAAAAUGAAGACGAAAAUGAAGAAGAAAAUGAAGAAGAAAAUGAAGAAGAACGGGAAGACGAAAGGGAAGAAGAACGGGAAGACGAUAUGCAUCCAAUUAAUGUUCAUAGAAAGAAAGAAGAGAGUCUAUUCAAAAAUUGUAAUAUGAAUGUUUAUAAUUCUGAGAUAUUUUCAGAUAAAAAAAAUAUAUGCAUAAACGAACAGUAUUCACGAUCUUAUCCAGACUAUAAAAAAAUGAAACAUCCACUAAAUUAUCACAAAUUAAUUGAUGUAAAAAAUGAAAUAAAAGAAAAUGAAUUUGGUAAUAUAAGUGAGGAUGAAUAUGUAAAAGAUGAAUCUUAUAUGUUCAAAAUAAAAAGUGAAGAAAAUGGUUCUAGUAGAGAUAUAUGUAUAAUGGAUAAUAUAAAUAAAGAACAUGAUAAUGUAAAUGUAUAUUCACAUAAAUAUCCAAACAAAGAAAAUAUAAGUCCUUGGUUUUAUAAUGAUAAAAAUAAGAUAACUCCAAGAAAAAUGUUAAAAGAAUUGUCAAAUAAAAGAAAAAAAUUUAAACAAGCUACUAAUAUAGUUAGUAAUAAAUUAAAAGAUAUAAAAAUUUUAUCUCGACAUAUUAAUGAAUGUAAAGAUGAGUUAAAACAAGAAAAUAAAUAUUUUGAUAAAAAAAGUCAUAAAGAUUAUAAUGGUUCGCAUUAUAAUGGUUCACCUUACAAUGGUUCUCAUUAUAAUGGUUCGCAUCAUAAUGGUUCACCCUACAACGGUUCUCAUUAUAAUGGUUCACCCUACAACGAUUCGCAUCAUAAUGAAAGUAGUAGAAGUGAAUAUUUUUGGGGUAUACUAGAAAAAAAUGAAAAAGAAGCAAAUUUGGAAAAUAAAAAAAAUUUUAAUUUAUUUGAUCUAGAUAAAGAUAAUAUAUGUUCAGAAGAAAAAGUAGAACAAUCAUUUAAAAUAAAAAAUGUAGACAUAAAUAAUAAUAAUAAUAUAAUGGUGGAAAAAAAAAUGAAAAAUAAUAAUUCUAGCAUAAAAAGUGCUGUCUUGAAAAAAAUUUUAAAGAUGAAAAUCGAAGCUAUGAAAAAGGAUAUUAUAAAAAAAGAACCAACACUAUUAAAUAAUGUAGAAGAAAAUUUUGAUGAUAGACAGACUUGCUCAAUUAAAUCGAGAAAUGUUUCCUUUAGUGCACAUUUGAGUGAUGAUAAUAAAGAAGGUUUAGAAAAACAGAUGAUAGAUGUAAAGGGUGGAAAAGAUGGUGACAAUGUCAGUAAAGAAUUUGGAGAUUCAAAUAAGUGUGAUAUAUAUUGUAAAAAAAAUCAAGAAAAUAAUUUGGGGAAUGAAAAAAAAAGUAGUAAUAUAUAUGUCGAAAGUGUUCCUAUUAAAUGUAUAAAUAAUUAUAAAAAAAAUAAUAUUAAUAUGUGUAGAAAUAGUAGUGAAGAGAAAAUAAUUUUUAGUGAUAAUUUAGGUAGCGAAAUAAAUAGUAAUAAAAUUGAUGAAGUAUAUUUUAACGAAUCUUUUUAUUGUCAUUUAAAAAAUGUUAAUAACAAUGAUGUAUAUCCAAAUUCUGAGGAGCCAAUAAAUAAAGAAGAUAAAAGUUUACUUAUGAAAGCAUAUUUAAAGGAUAAAAAAAAAGAAGAGAAAGAAAACCAAACAAAUGAAAAAUGUAAAAAGUAUUUAUUAAAAUAUAACAUUGAAUAUUUUAAACUAGCUAAAUUAUUUUGUGAAGAUAAUAAUUUAUUUAAAAAUUAUGUACAAAAUAUGAGUGCUAAUAUAAGGGGAAAUGAUAGCAAUAUGGACCAAACUGUUUUAUCUAUUGUAAAAAAAUUCCAAUACAAGAAAUCUCAAAUUAAUGCACACAUUGAACAUGUUGUAAAUAUAAAGGAAAUUAUGAAAGGGAAUGGUACCAAAUAUUUUUGCACACAAGAAAAGACAAGAGAAAAUAAUUUAAUAAAUUGUAUAAAAAAAAAUAAUUUUAAGGAUAGCUAUAAAAUUGAUGGUGCUAGCUACACCAAUGGUUAUAUAAACGAUAAAAAAAAUAUUAACAAUUAUAAUUUAAAUAUUGAAGAAACGAUGUUAAAAGGUAGUAAUGUGGAACCUUAUUUUAGUGGUGAUAAUGAAAAUAUAAAUAAUAAUCGAACAAAUGUCAGAAUUCCAAAGAAUACUAUUAAUAACAAUAUAAUAAAAAGAGAAAAUGAAAUUUAUAAAUUUUCAUCACCUGAAAUAAUUUAUCAAGGGAAAAAUUUGAAUAAACCUUCUAAAGUUUAUUUAACAAAAAAAUCAGGGAUUGCCUUAAAAAAAACUACACUUUUAAGGACGUCUGCGCUUGUAAAUAGGUAUGAAAAGUUGCGGUGCAAAUGA